AUGGACAAUAAGGCAUUGGAACCUGACUCUCUGAGUAUCCCCAUGGAAGAAACCAUUGUGUGUAAUGGAGGUGGCCAGCCUCAGCAGCAGCAGGAAGUGUCCAUACUGACCCACCUGAAGAAGGUUGAGAACCAGAUCACUGAAGCGCAGCGUUUCUCCCACCUACCCAAACGCUCAGCCGUGGACCUGGAGUUCAACAACGUUUCCUACACCAUCCGGGAGGGAGCAUGCUGGAAGAGGAGAGGUUACAAAGCCUUACUGAAGUGCCUGUCUGGAAAGUUCUGCACUCGGGAGCUGAUAGGAAUCCUGGGGCCCUCUGGGGCCGGGAAGUCCACCUUAAUGAAUAUUCUGGCUGGAUACAGGGAAUCAGGGAUGAAGGGUCAGAUCCUGGUAAAUGGAAAACCCAGGGACCUGAGGAAAUUCAGGAAAAUGUCCUGCUACAUCAUGCAGGAAGACAUGCUGCUGCCACACCUCACUGCACUAGAGGCCAUGAUGGUUUCAGCUAACUUAAAGCUGAAUGAAACUAUGGAUGUGAAGAAAGAACUGGUGAAUGAGAUUCUGACUGCCCUGGGACUCCUUGACUGUGCUUACACUCGUACCAGCUCUCUGUCCGGUGGUCAGUGUAAACGUCUGGCCAUCGCCCUUGAACUGGUCAACAAUCCUCCAGUCAUGUUCUUUGAUGAGCCAACCAGUGGCUUAGACAGUGCAUCAUGCUACCAGGUGGUCUCACUAAUGCGCUCUCUGGCGCUGGGAGGACGGACCAUCAUCUGCACCAUCCACCAGCCCAGUGCCAAACUGUUUGAGAUGUUUGACAAGCUUUACAUUCUCAGUCAGGGACAGUGUAUCUACAAAGGCACAGUCCCUUACCUAAUCCCUUAUCUGAAGACUCUGGGCCUUUACUGUCCUACCUACCACAACCCUGCAGACUUCAUCAUUGAAGUGGCAUCAGGAGAGUAUGGAGACCUGAAUCCGGUGCUGUUUGAGGCAGUCCAGGGUGGAAUGUGUGCAUUAGAGGAGAAGAAGAAUCAAUGUGAAAACAAUGGCACAUCUGUCUGUGCAACAAAGUGCCAAAAGGAUGCCGGACACAUAGAGAGACAUACGUUUGCCACAAGCACAUUAACACAGUUCUGUAUCCUCUUCAAGAGAACCUUCAUUACUAUAUGUCGAGACCAGGUUUUGACCCACCUCAGACUGAUCUCCCACAUCGCCAUAGGUGUGUUAAUAGGCUUGCUCUAUCUGAACAUCGGCAAUGACGCGAGCAAGGUCUUUAACAACACUGGGUUCCUCUUCUUCUCUAUGCUCUUCAUCAUGUUUGGAGCGCUCAUGCCGACCGUGUUGACCUUUCCUCUAGAGAUGUCUGUUUUCCUGAGGGAACAUCUAAACUACUGGUACAGCCUGAAAGCUUACUACCUGGCUAAAACCAUGGCUGAUAUCCCAUUCCAGGUGAUCUGCCCCAUCAUGUACUGCAGCAUAGUGUACUGGAUGACGAAGCAGCCCCCGGAGGCCACCCGCUACCUCCUCUUCCUCGCCCUGUCCAUCUGCACGGCCCUGGUAGCUCAGUCUCUGGGCCUUCUGGUGGGGGCCGCCUCCCCCUCACUACAGGUAGCUACAUUCGUUGGACCUGUCACAGCUAUCCCUGUGCUACUGUUCUCUGGAUUCUUUGUGAACUUUGACACGAUCCCCAAGUACCUGCAGUGGAGCUCGUACGUUUCUUAUGUCAGAUACGGCUUUGAAGGCGUGAUCCUGUCCAUCUACGGGAUGAACCGCUCAGAGCUGGAGUGUCCAGAGAAGGUGUGUAAGUUCCAGCGGCCUGAAGAGGUUCUGCAGUUAUUGGACGUAGAGGACGCAAAGCUCUACAUGGAUUUCAUCGUGCUGGGCAUUUUCUUCCUCAUCCUGCGGCUCGGCACCUACCUAGUCCUCCGCUACAAGGUCAAGUCUGAGCGAUAG